AAUAAAUUAAACAUCGUCUUUUCGCUGGAAGACCUCAAUCGAUACGGCAGCAAGAAUACUCCUUUCCUUCUCCUCUCCCCUUCCUCCGAUCCCGAAUCCUUCGUCGUCGUCUUCCCUCUCUCUUCUCUCUCUCCCUCUCUCUAUUUCGAACACGAAUCCAAAGCCCUUCUCUAGAUCGCUUCUCCCAUGGCAGCCAUCGGCAACAACAACAACAUUAAUGCCAAGCUCGUACUACUUGGAGAUAUGGGCGCCGGCAAGUCGAGUCUUGUUCUUCGAUUCGUCAAGGGUCAAUUCCUUGAAUUCCAGGAGUCGACGAUUGGGGCUGCGUUCUUCUCCCAGACGCUGGCGUUGAAUGAUGCCACGGUGAAGCUUGAGAUUUGGGACACCGCGGGGCAGGAGAGGUAUCAUAGCUUAGCUCCCAUGUACUAUAGGGGUGCCGCUGCGGCUGUCAUCGUGUAUGACAUCACCAGCAUGGAGUCUUUUGAGCGAGCUAGGAAGUGGGUGCAGGAGCUACAGAAGCAAGGUAAUUCAAACAUGGUGACAGCUCUAGCAGGCAAUAAAGCUGAUUUGGAAGAUAAGAGGAAGGUGACGGCUGAGGAAGGACGCACAUAUGCUGAGGAGAAUGGCCUCUUCUUUAUGGAAACCUCUGCUAAAACUGCAAUAAAUGUGAAUGACAUAUUCUACGAAAUUGCAAGACAUUUACCCCGUGCUCUGCCAGCUCAGAAUCCAACAGGAAUGGUUCUUGCAGACAGACCUGCUGAGCGAUCGCAGACUUCAUCAUGCUGUGCUUAGGUAUACUGUAUGGAUGCCCAACUAACCUGAAUCUUCUGCCAAAAUGAGAUUUGCAAAGCAGAGAGGCAAAGAGGAUAGGGAGAAUGAGUGGAGAUGCACAAUGACACCCUACCCUGUUAUUCUUGAGAUGAAGAAGAUCAAUGAAAAUGUGACUUGACAUCUUGGGGUUGUUGGUUCAUAGCCUGUCUGAUCCCUAUGAUUUGUACAUCGUCUAUCCUCAUCUCCUUUUCCCUUCCCACCUGAACAGGAGAUAUGCCUGAAUUUUAUUCUUUCGCAUUGAAACAGCUGGUACAUGGAAGUUGUGAAUGAGUCUCCAAAAUAAAUCAACUCCAGCAUGUUUUCACCAUAAUUUUCAGCAGAACCAGGAUAUGCUGAUUAAAUUGAAUGCAAUUUAGGUUGCACUGUAUGAUUAUUUACCUUAAACAUCUUCAACUGCCCCGUAUCUAUAAUUAUUUUCAACCGCGAGUCCAGUUGUUUUUUUUUUUUUUUUGUUGAGUAAUAUAGUUAUUCUUGAGUUGAAUGAACUUUUUGUUUCUUUUAUGUUAUUUCAACUUUGAGGUAAUCUAUAACUACACAGAUUGUUGAAGGUGAAACGAAACCGUCGGUCGCUUUUGCAAGUGCAAGACAAUGAGCACAACGAGUUGAAGAUAUUGAUCUGUCCUGCCACCAGCAUUCGGGGAGGCUGUAAUUCCUGUUUCAUAUUCUCCUUUUUCUGGGUUUUGUAAAUGAGCAAUAUCAUGUUUGCUUCACCCAAAGCCUCGAUACGAGAUCGACGAAUUUGUGUAAACAGCACUCUUUAAACUAUGUUGGUUUUUCUUUGAUAUGUGCUUGGAGAAGUGAAUAAAAAUAUUGAA